AUGCUGGUGCGUUUGGAAGUUGAGCUGUGCGGGUGGUUGGACUCAGAAGUCGCCAAUUCGUCCCAGCGCCCACCUGUGUCAGAUUUCCCGGCCUUUAAGGCUUCAUUGAAAUGGUGGAGAGGAUGGAUAUACGUGCACAGUGUGAUCACACCUGCACUUCAAAAGGGUGAUUGGAUGUUGCCAUGCAGACAAUGUGACGUAUACCGUGUUGUUCUGCUAAACUGCGAUACUGAAACAGCUCCACACAGUAACGACCACUCGCAUGUGUUCCUAAUGGCCCUGAAUUGGAGCCCUGAACCCCAAUAUCAUCAAGAAAUAGAGGAGUAUGUGGCCACCAUUCUUCUUGGGCCUUCCAGUGUGGCAAUGGCACCUGACUGGCGGGCAUGUUCCAAUCGCCUCAAAACAUCGCCCAGACAAUACUCUGCAAUAGUUGUGAGGGGAGAAAAGUGGUGCGGUGAGCAGCAGUGUACUUCUCACUGA